AUUAUAACUAUUUGUCUAUAGCUCUGGAGUACAGUACCUAUAAACAAUUGGGGAGGAUCGAUUUUGAAAGAAGAUAGUUAUGAGUCAGGUAGGACCAUCUUUAGCCACGAAGACUACAUGAGUUUGGUUGGGAACAGUGACCGUAUCAAUCACGACUAUAGCGACCAGUCGACGAAUGAAGAUGUGAAAAUGAUGGCUUUUUUCGAUUCUUUAGUCCAGAGAGAAAUUGAAGGCUGGGAUUCCCAAACUGAAAACACAAUAACAACUGACAGCGAUUCCGACGAAGAGGAGUGGUCAAAGAUCGUUGCGAAAAUAUUCAGGAAUGGCAGGUGUAUCCCCGAAGAGUCGAAGAAAUAUAAACUGAAUAAGAUAACCGUAUUGAUAAACAAGAAGAAGAAUAUUCUGGCCAAAAUGGCUAAGAGUAAAAGCCCCAGUUAUGUUCGGAAGUGAGUAUGAAAAUUUUUGCAA